AUGGAGGUCGAUCUGCCCUCGGUUGCUGAGCUGAAACAAGCCGCAGAAUGUGGGCAACGCAUCACCGCGGAAGACGUGUCCCGGAUCUCCCAGGCCGAGAAUGAAUUGACUGGACGCGGGCCGGUCCGGGGUGGACCAGCGGCGACGGCCCAGAGCAUCGCCAUGCGACAGAUGAAUUUCGAUAGCAAGAUCGACCAGGUUUCCCGCAAGCCCCAGAGCCACAUCACGCAGGACGAUGCACGAGAUCUUCGAGCCAUUGAGGGCCGCGCUUUCAACAAACCACCCGGCAUUGGAUCAGUGUCUGCCCAAGUCCGUUCAAUUGCCACCCGCAACGAGGUUUUGGGGAUGCCUCCGGCGACGGUCAACUUUCCGGCCUAUGUGACCAAGGAUGAUGCCCGUGAAGCGCAACGAGUGGAGAGUAUGUUCUACGGUGGACAGAUUCCGAGCGAGGGAAUGGCAGCGCAGAUGCAGGUACGUGAUCUGACCUGCGUCUUCGAGACGGAACGGGCACUGGAUAUGAUGCUCGGAAACUGA